GUCAUUUAUCACACCAGUGUCAGUCAAGUCAAUUGAAAACAACCUUUGUACCUCAUUUGACUUUGAAUUUGGGGCUCGGGCUAGAUUUUAAUUUUUCUAAUUUUAUACUUUGAUAUAAACAAAUUACAAAAAUGUCCCGUGUUCUAGUAGGAGUUAAAAGAGUCAUCGACUAUGCCGUCAAGGUUCGUGUUAAGCCAGAUAAAACAGGUGUAGUUACAGAGGGUGUUAAGCACUCUAUGAAUCCUUUCGAUGAAAUUGCUGUAGAAGAGGCUGUUAAAAUGAAAGAAAAGAAAUUAGUUUCCGAAAUUAUUGCAGUAUCCGUUGGACCUACUCAAUCUCAAGAAACAAUAAGAACUGCAUUGGCUAUGGGAGUAGACAGAGGAAUACAUGUCGAAGUUAGUGGCAAAGAGUAUGAAUUAUUGCAACCCCUUCAUGUAUCAAAAAUUUUAGCUAAAUUAGCACAAGAAGAAAAAGUGGAUCUUGUUCUUGUUGGGAAACAAGCAAUUGAUGAUGACAGCAACCAAACAGCGCAAAUGACUGCUGCAUUAUUGGAUUGGCCCCAAGGCACAUUUUGUUCAAAAAUUGAAAAAAGUGAGGCUGGCCUAACAAUUACUCGUGAAGUUGAUGGAGGCUUAGAAAAUAUUAAAACAAAAGUUCCUGCUGUUUUAAGUGCCGAUCUUCGUUUAAAUACUCCAAGGUACGCAACUUUGCCCAAUAUUAUGAAAGCGAAGAAAAAGCCUAUUAAAAAAACUACUGCUAAGGACUUGGGUGUUGACACGUCGCCAAGAAUCCAGAUUGUUUCAGUUGAAGACCCACCUACUCGUGAAGCUGGUGCCAUUGUUCCAGAUGUAGAUACAUUAAUUUCAAAGUUAAAAGAACUUGGACAUAUUAAAUAGACAGGGUGGCAUUUAUAAAACUUGUAGAGAUUUUGUUUCAGAAUAUAUUUUGUAUACUACAAUA